AUGGCAGAUAAAACUAUCUUUGAAGGUACCGGUGUACAACGCGACGUGGUGAAAACGAUUGACUUGUUUGGAAAAACGAUAACAGUCAGAGCACCGAGGGAUGAUGUAGUGGCUCGCGUGAGAGAUCCCGAUGCAGAAAAAGUUUUCGGGGAGUUCAAACAAGCCCAUCCGGCUUCUGAUUUGUUCCAACCAAGCACAUUGGACCUCUUCAAGAACGUUGUUAAAGAUUUCAACACGCGUCGUUCGAAAAAGUACACGUUACUGGACGCGCUUGUGAUCAUGUUUGAUGGUGAAGACAAUCUGGCACCUGCUUUGUCAAAAGCCAAGACGGUUGCAAGUAGCCAAGAUGCUGCAACAGAUUUGCAGUUGGAGAUGAUGAACGUUUGGAUUCGCGAGAAGCGUUCUGCUGAUGAUGUUUUCUAUAUACUGAAGCUCGAUGAGCUGGAGAAAAGAGGCUUGAAGCGCGAGAACCUUGAGACGUUCGACGCAUUCUUCGCUUUGCAUUAUCAACUUGGUCUUGACAACCUGAAGUAUCAGUUGGAUCCGGUGGAAUUUUUACGAUACAAGUUUGGCGAGACUAUAUUUUUUCGGAUGAUUAAGAAAGAUAUGGAGCAUCUAGCCCACCCCAACGAGACUGUGGAAAGUUAUCUAAAACUCUUGCUGAAACAUAACGCAUCGCUAAUGAGAACUGUUGGCAUGUUAGUUGCCGCGGGAUUCGCGGAUUCAAUGGUGGUGAGAUUGCUGUCAGCAAGCUACGGUGGUGUUGCUAAGUUUGAGCAAGUGCUUUUGGACGCCAAGGCCACUGCGCAACAAACGGCACGUAAAGCUACAGUCAAGGCAUUGCAUGCAGCUCUUGAAGACUACAAAAAAGCAAACAAGCAUUCGGCUGAUGGUGUCAACAACUGGCUAGAGCUUUUCAAAGACGCAGGACGCGGUCGUCCUUCUCCAUCUACUGAUAAAGAAUCAGUCCGAAAGCGCCAGAAGACUAGAUGA